AUGAUUGACAACGUGCAGAGGCAGAUUGAGAAGGCCAGGCUGGGCGCUGGGGGGGUACUAUUGCAACUCAUUAAAAUAAGCGAUAUCAGCAAGCCGGCGGCGGCCUCGGCCACGUACGAGUCGUCCAAGGGAAGUAGUGGUGGUGGAGGAGGAGGGAAGAGAGUCCUUCUACUCCAGGCGACUGAUGGUACCCAGAAGAAGUCGAUAGAGUCGAUGCUCUCUCGGUUGGACUACCCCCAGAUAGGCACUAAGAUACUCCUAGAUGGCUCCACAGAGGUUCUCAACGGUCAAGUGCUCCUGCGACCAGACAAGGUCAAAGUUGUAGGAGGAACGGUAGAGCGCCUAGUAGAAGCAUGGAAGGCCAACAAGCUGGCCGCUGAGUCACGGUUCGGGUCGGAAUCACGGACGAAGGAUGCCAGUGUUGACGGACCACCAAAGUUCGUGUCAUUCGCGGAUCGCAAUAAAAUAUAUAAAAGACACAACCAGAAGGCCCCGGAAGUAGUCAUGAACAAGGAUCUCGCGCCUUCCGAGGGCCCUGCGCCACCUUCCGACGAUCAGCCAAGCUCGUCACGGUUCAACAGGGGCGAGGUGGGCGAGGCUGCUGCCGUGGUUGAUAUGGCUAAGGUCUCCAAGGAUGCAUUCAAGAGCAAAUUCGAUAGAGGUGCAUCGUUGGGAGCGUUUCUGAACUUAGGCAAAUCAGAUGAAUUGGCAGCGGCAAUGUUACUCUCUGAAGCGGCUGCUGUGGAGCCUCCGAAGGUUACUCGUGAGAGCGGUAAGGGAAAAGGAAAGGGAAGAGGUCGUCAUGAUGAUGAUCAUAAUCACGGUAAGGGCAAGGGGAAGGGUAAGGGUAAGGGCGGUAAGGGUGGGCAUCGGAAAGGAGGAGGAGGAGGACAUAAGGGAGGCAAAGGGAAAGGACGAUGGUGA